AUGUCGUCUGCCGCAACACCCACCAAACCCAGGGUCGUCGCCCUGGGCAAUCCCAAAUAUGUCGGAGAAGACUAUCUGGCCGAAUUCCAGAAGGACUUCGAAUUUGAAGUACUCGAAGCGACCAAUCGCGCCGAGACGCAGAAAAUGCUCCCCAACAUGGUCGCCGAUCGUCCCAUCGACGCAUUCAUCAUCCGCAUGGGCACCCCGCCAUACGAACCAUUCGACGACGAUCUGUUGAAGGCGCUGCUGCCGCAUUGUAAGAUCAUCACUUCGGCAUCGGCGGGGUUUAACGAAUUCGACGUCGACUGGAUGACCAAAAACAACAUUUGGUUUUGCAACACCGUCGACGCCGUGGCCGAAGCAACGGCCGACAUGGCAAUGUUCCUGAUCCUCGCUGUCCUCCGAAACACGACGCAAGCCGAACGACAAGCGCGCGAUGGAACCUGGAAAGCCAACAUCGUCCCGGCCCGCGACCCGGGCGGCCUCACACUCGGCAUCAUCGGCGCCGGAGCGAUCGGCAAAUACGUGGCGAAAAAGGCUGUCGUGUUCAACAUGAAAAUCGUAUACCACAAUCGACGACAACUUCCCAAAGAGGAAGAAGAUCGGUACGGAUUGACGUAUUACUUGAAACUCGAAGAUUUACUGGCUGCUUCGGACGUCGUGUCUGUCAGCUGUCCGUUAAACCAGCAGACCACCAACCUGUUAUCCUAUGACGAGUUUGCGGCGAUGAAGGACGGCGCUUUUCUGGUCAACACGGCGCGUGGACCUGUCGUGAAUGAAGAUGCUCUGAUUCAGGCACUGGAAUCGGGGAAGGUGACUCGUGCUGGAUUGGAUGUGUUUCAUAAUGAACCCAAUAUCAAGGAGUAUUUCAGGACGAGUGAGAAGGUGGUCGUCCAGCCUCAUAUGGGCGGCUUGACGGACUUGGCUUUUCAGAAGUCGGAGAGGGAAUGCUUUCAGAAUAUUCGGUCGUUGUUCAAGACUGGGAGACCGGUCGCUCCUGUGAAUGAAGUCAUGCAAUAA